UACACAGCGUUUGGCGGCGGCGGCGUUAUCGUAAACGGAGUAUGCUCCGUAAGGAGCUGCCGCGGACUACGGCCGGCAGGUGGCGGUAGCCGGAAAACAGUAGGUCGGCGUGUGGGACACCCUAAAAACGGGACUAGAUACUACGGGGAUCGACGUCCGAGUUUUUUAGCCCAUCAUCACGGACUUGCGGCAGGAUUUUCAGUCCCCAAGGAGCCCAAUGUGGGUGGAAGUGAGAUGGCAUCCAGAGAAAAGAGACCUUUAGUGCCUUCAAAAUCAAAACAGAAGGCGAGUAAUGACUCUGGCUUGCCAUCCAAUGAAGUCAAGAAUAAAAAGGGCAAGUCAUUGCCAAAUAUAAAGCAACAGCAAUCCGAGCAAGAGAUUUUUGAUACAGUAGCAACAGGUAGUCAGCUUCCAGUUAAAGUAGAAGCGAGCUUACCACGUAGGAAUGCUCUUAAAAAUCUGAAACGCAAACAAAACCUAAGAGCAGCCAAGGUAAUUAAGUCUAAGGUUACCAAGAAAGUGACAAACAAAAAUCUACACAGAAUAUCUGACGUUAAAAGGAGCAUAAAGACAAAAAAGCUAAAGCAGGUGGAAGAAGCAACAAUUAAAGCGGCAGAUAUCAGUCUGAAAUUUUCUGAAAAUCAGAUAAAUAACUGUGACAACGAAGGCAAGGGAACUGAAACACCAAAAAGUGCCAAGAAUAAUCUCAGGACCAAGAAAACUAAAUCUGACAUUCAAAAUAAAGAAGAAACCAGUGGUACAUCCAGUGCUAAAGUCAGCCCUAAGCUUGGCAGAAAGGGAAAAACAACAACAGAAAGUUGUGACUCUUUGUCAAAAAGUGCCAAAACAACAAAAUUAACAAACUUCAAAAAAAACAGUACCAAGUACAAUUUUGUAAAAGUUGCAACUUAUAUUGAAAAAGGUGUUAAAAGUCGGAAGAGUACUGGCAAGGAAUUAGACUGCGGCGUUAGUGGAAGAAAUAAUUCUAGCAUUGAAAAGUUUCCAAAGACAGGUUUGGAUAACAAGACCUCUAUUGAUCUUACCAUAGACGAAGUUAUUGCUUCUUCAAUGUUGGGCGAUAACGAAGCUGAAAGUCAUCAGGGUGUUAUAGAGAAGACUGAGGGAAAAUUGACGAGAAGUAAGAAAAUGCUGGUAGAUGAAAAUCCCAUCUGCGACAUUGAAAUCAAGAAAGAACCUGAUGCCGACGAAAUGAAAAUUGCAUCAGACGGAGAAUACACGGAGUCGGAUCAAGGACUUCACUAUCAAAACGCAAUACAAUUGAGAAAGAGGUCGAAAGCCGGAAAUUAUAAUGAAAUGUCUCAGAGAAGCUUGCGAAAUGGGAAGCAACGUCAGUUAUCGGAUUCUGGAAAUUCCGCGGAUAACGAUAUUAAAAAACGUCACAGGCUGAAUUCGGAUGGGACUUUCAUUUCAGAUAAUUUGAUAGAUACCGAUUUAAAUAUGGACUCUUGUUUCUCGGAUCCCAACUGUAACGAAUCUCAAAUCAUUGUGGCAACGAACAAGGAUGAGAUCCGUUUGACGAAGGAAGAAACCAAGAAUUUUGACGAGGACACCGAUACCGCAUCAGAAAUAGAAAAUAAUAAUAAUAGCGAUCGGGUAGAUAGAGCGAGCGAGAUAGGACCAAUGUUGCGCUCCAAAACUAAAGCUAAAACUACAGAAAAUGAGGCGGCGAAAGACGAUGAAGUCGAAGACACGCGAAUAAUCCCUAAAACCGCGGAGAUACAAGAAGAUGCAAAAAAACUUAAUAAUUUAGAUCAAAUCAGAAAAGACAGUAUUUUAACCAAAUGUGCCGACAAGUCGAAAAAUCGCAGAACUAGUUUAAACAUAGACAUAAAGAAAACCGUUAGUUCCUUUUACAAUACAGAUAAAUCGGAUAGCAAUUCCAAAUCCGAGAAUAUAGAUCAGAUGAUACAGAGCAUAAAGUUAAACAUUGCAAAAAAUAUUGAGAUUAACUGCAAAAUUUACAACAAGGAAACGGGUAUUGGAUUAAGUAAGAGCAUCGAUGUGCCCAAGAUCGAGGAGAUCGUUGCGCCACUUAGUACGGAUUCUCAGAAGAAGGGAUUGGAGGAAAACGCCGACGAAGACGGGUCUGUUAUAACGAAAAACGAGAUCGCGGAUGGUUCUGAAAAUUCUGUACCAAAAGUGGCCGAUACUGCCAAAGAGAUUGAGGAAAAACUAGUCAAGUUUGAUAUCGGAGAAGCGGAGACCAACUCGCAGAACGUCCAAGAUAACAACAAAGCCGCCGACAGCGACAUAACUAACGAUGUACAUAAUGCUUACGAGUCCACGGGUGAUAUAGGUAAUAAUAACGGUACAUCCGGUUGCGUGGUUGAGUCAAAAGCGGAAAAUGUCGGUUGCAGCACGGCCGGCAGCACCUCGAUCAGCGAUAACGAAUCGAAGACGACAUCGGACGAGAUCAAGAAGACCGUUGCGACAAGAAAAUCUUCGAGAAUCAGCGAGAAAAGUUCGGACAGCAGUCCCGAAACGAAGAAAUCAAAUAAAUCUCCGAACAAAUCGGGUUCAAAAUCGGACAAUACGGAAGAUGCGGCAACCGAAAUCAAGAAAUCGACGAACGAAGAAACAUUGGACGCUCUAUCUCGUCGGGUGUCGGACAAUAAUGCCUUAUCAUCGCCAAUAGCUGGGUCUCUCGAUAAAGUCGAUGAGCAAAUCAUCGCGAUAGAUCAUGCGAACGAAGAAGAAUCGGAAACUGACAUUACUCUGAACGUUUCGGUCGAUUCGGAAGAACUGGAAACGCUUGAGAGUUUGUCCCGCGAGGUCGAGGAACUGGUAGCGGAAGGCGAAUCGUUCGAAACUUUAUUACCGAGUACAGCGAACGACACAAUAUCGAGCAAAGAAUUACCGGAUUCCGACACAAAGCCGUUGAAUACGUUGGAGCAAGAUGUACAGAUCAGCGCAAAUCAGCAGGAGAUGUCUGGCUGCUGCGACGAUGACAAUUGCGCGCCGGUAGAAUCAGCUGUCGGUGAAACAAACGAGACGCCGAGCAAAAGCUGCGCUGACGACGAAAACGUUCUCGAAGUGACCGAAACGUCAUCGUCGGAAAACGAUUCCUCUUGCAAAACAGUCGAAAAUGCGAAGCAUCAUAAAAUCAACAACAAUCAUUUGUCAUCAACUGAAAACUGUGAUUUAAAUAGCGAGUGUAGCUCCGUGAAUUCCGUGCCCGUCGGACACACGUCCGAUCAAAAGCAAAACGACAAAACCGACGAGGAAGUCGAUCGGGACGGCGACGUUAAAGAAUCGAACAGAUCUAACGACGCGUCAAACUCGGACGAAAAUAAUUCGGACGAAAAGUCACAAAUUGUUGUUACAACCGCGGAUCAAAGCGACAAAUCGCCGACGAACGACAAGGUUCUCGUCGACGAGCAGAAACCUGUUAACGAAGAUAACAACAGACGAGUUUUGCGGGCUCGCGAUAAGCAAAAGAAAAUUGAAAACAAACGAGCUUUCUCUCGCGGUCCCGAUUCCGUUGACAAUAUAAAAAUCAAAACGGAAGAAUCUGGUAUUCAAAAGAAUUCCAAUCUGCAUGGCGAAGUUGAUGGGACGCAAGCGUCGUGGACAGACGGGACCACCGCGGGUUCCGAAAAUUCUCAGAAAACAGAAACCUCGGGCGAGUCGCAGAACAGCAACGAAUCGGACGAUAUCGAACCUUUGGCGCGUACUCGUCGCAGCAGGGAGACGAAAAAACGUAAGGAGGAACCGCCGCAAUUGUCCGGUGGCGGUUCGAAAUCGAAACGCGUCAAACGGGAUGUGCGAAAAUCCGAACAGCAGAACAAGGAGGAAACUUUACUCGACAACGAGGUCGCUAAGAUCAACGAGAACAACAGAUCGUUUUUGAAAUACGAAGCCAAUGUCGCGGAAUGCACGGACGGUUUUCGCGGAUUCUUGGGUCGGGAAAAGGAGAAAAGCCGACUGGACAAACUCGAAAAGGGAUCGAAUUUGCGAAGCAAAUCGGAAAACGACAUAAUGAUCGCCGGGGCGAAGAGCGGCAAAAACGACGAGCGAAAAUUCUCCCGGAAUCUGUCCGAGAAUCACAUGUCGAAGCAAACGGUCAACAAUAUCGAUAUGUUGGAAAACGAAUGCAAGAUCGCCAAUACGACGUUGGAACUCGCGCAAAAAGAUUCGGACGAGGCGUCGACGUCCGGCGAUUCGUCCAACAGAGGCACUCCCAAGAUUUUGGAAACGCCCGAGGACAAAGAAAGAAAAGAAUCGAUCCUGCGGCUUUUGGGACUGGAAUCUCUGGAGGAAGCCGCGAAGAGACAGCAAGAAAAAACGAAAAAAGAACAAUCAUCGUCGACGGGCACUUUGAAAACAAUCAUCAGAGUGUCUCAAAAGGACAGAGAGAAGGACAAGGACAAGAAAGGGUCGCGAUCGCCGCUAAAAAUGGUUCUGAAACAGCAAGGGCGCGGAGACGGAGACGGAGAUUCCCCCGAAUUCUACACCAUACAAAAGGAGUUUGGAACCAGUGGUUUGGGAGAUAGCAGCUCUGAAGACGAUAACGAGGAUGCUACGCCCAAGGAUCGUCAGUCGCUUGUUAUUCCAGAAAAGUCAUCAUCUUUUUCCAUACAUCCCGGCCGCGUGUGCGCCGACGUAUGUUGCUACUGCUUUGGCAAGUUCGGUUCUUUGGACACGCCGAUGCAUCUAGCUCAAAUGAAAUCUGACGAGAGACGCAAGAAGAUCUUAAACAUAGAGAUAAAUCUAACAAAAGAUUCUUGUCUCUGCGAUGCAUGUUAUCGUCACGUUGAUAGAAAGGCGAACACUAGUCCGACAAAUGUGCAGCAGAAGCCGCAGAAACAGCACAGACAAUUGAUGGUGUCAAAAUGCGCAGCUCGCGAUUGUCGAAAUCCUGCUCGACAUCACGUUAAACGCCGUUGGUUGCUCAAGAUAAAAAAUGGUCUUCAAAAUCAGGUUGAUAUAGACUGGGAGUCGACGCAACACUCCACGCUGUCGUUCUGCAUUAAUCAUUACGAAAAGAUCGGACGCUUCUUGACGUGCGCGUUGUGCAAACGCCGUCUCGCCCGAACACACACUUAUUUAGUGCCUAACUCUCUUUUGGUAGAGAUUAACGAAUUGAAUCAGCUGCUCAGCUAUCAAGGUAUUCCCGUUACAUUGGUGACCGGCACAUUCGUGUGCAAACUUUGUCGAUACUUCAUGAUGCAGCAUCUGAAGCACAAAGACAUUGAGAAAAUGAACGUGACUCACAGAUCCUUCUGUAAGAGGUAUCGAAAGAGGAUCUUGGAGUACCUAGGUAUCAAAGUUGAGGAAGAGGAAGACGAGUCGCCGCAGCAGACAAGUCAAGCGAAAGAUAAGAAAGGUAAGAAAGGCACCAGGAACGUGAAUUCCAAGAACGGGAGUUCCAAGUCGCCGGAUCGCGCGAUAAGCGGCUCAUCGGAGAAGUCUACGCCAGAACCAAAUAAGAACGAAAACGCGGCGGGAUGCAGCUCUGCCGAGACGAGUGGCAACGUGAGUAGUCGUCCAGUCGCUGGCAAUGCGAAAAUUAGCAACGCGAGUAGCAACGAGAACGGUAAUGCGGAGAACGUUCAAUAUCUCAACAUUGAGAGCUCCGUGGAAAACUUGAAAAAACGCAAAAUGCUCGAUGCGCAUACGUACGCGCCGUCCUCUUCGUACGAUGGCGCGUCUACGAACGAGAUGGUCGAGAUAUUCGGGAUGGACAACGAAAUUACUCUGACGCGGCUGCCGAAGAGACCGAGACUCAACAACAGCAAUAACGACAUAACACCUGUGGUGCAGAGACUCGGAGCAAAUCCCUCGAUAAGUGUGCGCACGCUCUUUCCUGGUGAGGAAGAGAUGAAUCUUCAUGUUAAUAUAGAUUUUCAAAACGUGCGCGAGGUUACGCCGCAAGGUUGGGAGAAAUGCGCGACGAUGAUUCAGUACGAUCGUGAGACCAAGCUUCUCUGGCAGAAAUUGCAGCGACCGUAUGGCAAUCAGAGCUCUUUUCUGCGGCAUUUGAUUCUCCUUGAAAAGUACUACAGAGCCGGCGACUUGAUCCUGGCGCCGAACGCCUCGCGAAACGCGAUCAACUACUCCACGUCGGUGCAAAAUAGACUGAUAUCGUACGAAGGUCCGGAAAAAAUGGACGAGCCGAUAAUGGAACCAAUCGCGACGGAAUAUAGCAAUCCGCGUCGUCUCAGCGGUGGCUACGUAAUGGAAAAAGACAGGUUGUCUAUGCCCGGCACGAGUUCCAUGUCAUCGAGAGCGUCAACUAGCAGCGGCGUUGCGACGUCGCAUCUGACGAAAGUAAACUCGUCGGUGCUCAAACUCAAUCCGGGCGUAUCUAUCAUCAAAAAACCGCCGCCGAAUUUGCAACGAUUGAGCCUGCCAUCCGCUAGCGGUAGCGGGGCCAAACGGAAGGACGGCGGACACAGCUUGUCCGUUUACAACAACGGCGGAAAGGUGUAUCAAGCAAACGAGUCCGAUCUCAAGCGAGUACAGAUGUUCAAACGGCAGAAGUCUCAUGACAGACAGUCCGGAGCCGGUACAAGCAACGGAUCCAGCUCUCAGUAUCAGAAGGCGCCGAUCGCCGUACCGGCCAGUCACAGUCAGCAAUUCCAGAGACACUUGCGAAUGCAACAAGAGAUGCUGAGCCGUCAGAGCCGCGGCGAUUUCGAGCCUCUGAUCUGCGAUAUGACGCGCGCCACGUCUGCGAACGAAACCGGCUCGAGCACCCAGAACUUUGUGCACAAUCUCAAUCUACCGAAGUCGAUUCAGGUGACCACAAAGCCGACAUCGAAUAAUCCGAUUCCGAUUUUGCCAAAAAUCCCAAAAUCACUGACAGUAAUACCGCAAACUGUUCCAAGACCCGUUGAUAAAUGAGAGAAGAAGAGACGUAAGUAGAUAAAAGCACACUGUUUUUUUUUUUUUUUUUUUGUUUUUUUUUUUUGUUCCGAAGAAGGAGACAGCGCGGCGAAAAUGGAUCGUUGGCUAUAUGCGGACUCUGGCGCUCUUCUUCUCACGCCGAAAUCAGGCGAUUAGCACUUUCAAAGCCUGCCGCCUGAGCAAAGAACGACAAUGAUCACUGCUUGGAGAGCAGUUUUUGCCUUACGUGAGCGCAUCACGGUAUGCACUUACCGAAUCCGAACGCUCAAACAUACACGUAUAUGCUGAUGCACGUUGAUUUUACACUUAAGAUCGACUAAUAGCGACUUAUAUAUAUUCGUUGCAUCGAUCGUAUUUACAAACAAACUUGUAGAUAGGCUAGUAGAAUAAUUCGAGCAAGUAAAUAAGACACUUCGAUUUUAGCGAGAUAUUCACAUUAUAUAUUAACAACCAAAGCUUCACUUAUAAAAAAAAAAAAAAAACGCAUUCGUGCAAAGCGUGUUGAACAAUGCUGUUUCCACGAAAAGUGCCUAAAGUAAACACGGGCGAAAGUCGUUUACUUUAUCAUUAAUUACGUAAUUGUACGCAUGAGAAUGCAGAAUUUCAUGUAUGUAGAUUUAUACAUACGUAGAACGUCCAAAUAAAUCGUGAAUGAUUCCUUGUGAAGGAAUCUCGAUAUAUAGAAAGCGUAGAACAGACAAUUUAAUUCUUCAACUUUAUUUUUAUUUUUUUUUAUUUUUUUUUCUGCACGUCUUUUAUUUAACGAAAAAAAACAAUCGUGUGCGAUUUUGUACGAAGUUAGAUAAACCGUCAUUCCGCGAGAAGCGCGGCUACACAACCAAAGGUUUCUUAAAACAUUUUUUCUUUCAUGAGGAAUCAUCUCACCGACCGUAAACACAAUAUUCCGGAGCUCUACAUACGUAGUAGAAAAUGGAUUCGUCACUAAGCGACAGCAUUGUGUUAGUGUUAAUUAAGGCUUACGUAUCUUUUUUUUUUCCUCCCUCUAUAUAUUUAGUUAAGAAUUGUAAGUAGCAAUGUAGAUAAACCUCCAAAUGAUUCAUCACACGUGGGAAAGGAUUUAAAGCUAGAAGACUUAUUGAACUUGCUUAUUUUGGUUUUGUUUUGUUUUUUU